CAACCACGGCCAUGGAAGGGAACCCGGCCGACGAGGAUGAUUAUUAUGCUUCAGUGGAUGAGGUGAAAUCAUGGCUCCAUCUUCUGCUUCACCAGGACUUCAACCGCGAGCCGGAAGAAUUCUAUAUCGAAAGGAGGCGAGACCACGAGCAUCGCUUAAAGUACCCCGAAUAUUCAUUUGCCGCUAAGACGUGGCCUGUAUACGCUCAUUCCGACCUCUACUGGCCUGAAAUCAAACCGCUAGUCCGAGAACUCUUCAAGACACCCAGCAGCUGGAACUUUGUGCAGUGGUACCUCGAAUACGCAAAGCAGACAUGCCCCCAUCUCUAUGGCGAGAACGCCGCAUCCCACGACGCCCUGCUGGAUCUAACGGACGGUCUCUGUAAUGGAACAGUGGCCCCUAUUCACGUCGCAGCAUCGCUGUCUAUGGGCGAAGUUGUCUCGUGGCUCUCCAACGAUACCUAUCAGUGCGGGUUUCUGGGAAGCCCGUUGUUCUGCGCACUGGCCGGAACGGCUGUUCUGCCCCUUUGUCUGCAGCCUAGUGGGUGGUUAGAGAAGUUUGAAUUGCCAUACCUUUCACGGUCUGGCAUGCAAGCGACAGUACAGCAUCUGUUUGACGGCGCAGGCGACGCGCUUAUCAAUGAUACUGGCGCAUCGCUGGACAAGAUUGGCAGACGGGUGAACCGGGCGGCCAAUCAUCAACUUAUUUGCUUAGCGUUCUGCGCGUCGCUAAUCGUGGACGAUAUCGAUGUGUUUUCCAAAGUCAUGACGCGAUACCGGCAGUUGGAUAUUGCGCCGUUUAUGCAGUUGCUUACGGAUAUUGAGAUUGCGGAUGUCCCGGAUCAAAAGACCAAGAUUGCGGAACGCAUUAGCUGCGCCAUGGACUGUUUCUUGGAGAGCUGGAAUUCAGAAUCACAAACACGGGCCAUGCAGCGCCUGCACGAGUUCCUUGACGAGAAUGCCAUGACGCUGAUAUCGUCCAAGAUCCCUGGCCUUACUGACGAAGAAUUUUUAUCCACUAUCCACACAUGCAUCCUGGAUGAUGAUUUAUCACCGUUGAAGCGGCUGACGAUGGAUCCUCGGUUUGACCCGAAUGCUGUGGCCUUUGAUCACAGCGUGUCGGGCGGGAACCUGAUUCAUAUGGCGGCGGCAAACGACAACAUUUUAAUCGCGCUGGUUCUUCUAGCUGCUGGUGCAGACCCCAAUAAGCGGGACAAUAGAGGCCGUACUGCAUUAAUGUCGGCAGAGAGCAACCGAAUACUUGCCACUCUGCUUGCGGCUGGACCGCGAGUGGACAUUGGCGCAACAGACGUUGACGGAAACACCAUCUGGCACUAUGCCACUGCAACUGGCGAGUUUGAAUGGAUCACUAUGCUUCUGACUGCCGACACGGCCAUGGCGAAGCAUUUGGCCAUGAAAAACAGCCGUGGUUGCACGCCGCUUGACUCGGCGUUUCGCUAUAUUCUCACGUUACAAGAUCGCUUAUUAUUUCGGACAUCCUCGGAAACGGAAUAUUUCAAACAGAUCAAAGUUAUACAUCUCCUCCUGGAGAUUGGUGCACCAUUUUCGGAGGAGACGAAUGGCUGGCACAUUUCUCAGCUCGCUGUCAGCUGGGGAGAUGCCUACAUUGUUGAGAGCCUGAAUAAGAAGGGCGUCAGCUUCCGUGGCACAGAGAAGUUUGGUGGCGCAAUGGGCUACUUGAACACGGCAGCUAGUGCAGAGUUGGUGGGAGUGUUGCAGAGGCUAUGCUCAGGACAGCCGGCGGCUUGCCGAGAUGACUUGACGGCGGCCGACGUGAUUUUGGGCAUGCCUCUGUUGAAGCAGACACAGCCGUCAGACCCAUCUGAGAGAACGACGUUAUUGCCAACUGAGCACCCGGCGUGCUUAUCCAUUCUGGAUGCAAGGGCAUAUGAUAAGCUGCUGACGUCAGACACGUUGGAGCAGAGAGAUAGAAACGGGAGGACGUUUUGGCAACGUUUUUGCCGAGACGCUACCCAGAUUAUCGGCCGCUACGACAGAAAGUACUGGGAGAUUAGUGUUUGUUAUUUGGAGUCGGUCGACGUUGCGCUGAACUGCCUUCUCAAGUCAAAGGCGCUCUCAGUGUAUGAGGCAGCCAGCGGGCUACCGGCGUUUGUUCCCAUGAUACAGCUUGCUGACAAACACACGGUGGACUGGAUGCUGGAUAGCCGCCGACUGCUUCUUAUAAUUGAGGCAUCAGAUCCUAUUCUCACGGAAAAGUAUCUGACGGGCAACCUGUCCGGGCCGCUGGUCGACCUGAUUCUUCCGGAACUUCAAGUAGACCUGACGUCGAUCUUGAUAAAGCGCGGCCUUCCUGUCCACAGCAAGCUCGGGGGCGAACACCCAAGCUUGAUUGAGACAAUGGUGGAAGGCGGCGGCCCGCUGGAACUGCUGGCGUUUGCGCUGGUGCGGUGCUCGACGGAGAUGAUCAACGAGCGAAUCGAGGACUACUCGACAGCACUGAUCAACAGCAAGAGGCAUAACUUUCCGGUGCUGGAAAUGCUGCUGAAGCACGGGUUUGCGUCAGAGUAUAAGACGAAUCCUGUGCACAUGUGCGUGCUGCGGGCGCAGCUGGAGCACAGCAGAGGGACGGAUGAACAGUCUGUCAAGCUAUUGGAGAAGCUAGGUUUGGAUAAUUAAGCGCGUGGAUAUAAGCGGGUUUUGUACUAUUAGGUUUCCUUUUGUUUUUGGUCAUUGGCACCAGCGGGUAUACCAUUAUGAAAUUGAGCGGAGUAGAGGAAGAGGCAGCAACAUGCAUCAAUCAAAACAUAUUAUCUAAUUAUUCUA